AUGCUGCAGCUGAUGCUUGGAUCUCCCCACAUUAUCACAUCACGUGACACCGUAGAACCGCGGAGAAGGCUCCAGCAGGAGCUGGAAGCUGCUCGCAUCAACUGGCAAGCGCUCACAACAUCGCGCAACAACACGCAAAUGCUGAUGUUUGCCGGCAACUUCCAGACUUCCAGCAAACAUGGGGCGAUCCUUUCUCCCUGGUAG